CAACAGAAAACAUGGCUCUGCGGUUGCUUAGCCGUUCGAUGAGCUGCCACAUACGUGGCUUGCAAUUAAAUGCCACCGGAAGAACGUUAAAUAGUUAUAUCUGUCGGCUGGAGCUUCCGCCUGCAUCCUGGUCGUGCUCACAAAAUCGCUUGUUGCACGUGAGGAUUACAGAUCAAGAAGCCGGUUUGCAGACCAAACGAGAGGCCAACCGGAACCAGAAUCAUUUUCGUGAAGAAGUUCUUGAAGAACUUACCACAGCAGCACCCAGAGAACGCCAGAAGUUUAAGCCAGAAAAGAAACCCAAAGAAAAACCCACCAAAAAGGUGCAGGACUUUGGUGAUCCGGACACCUUUGGCGAUGCCAAAGUUGCUGCAACAGAAGAUCCAGGUGAUGUUGAGGAAGAAGAGUUUAUUAGCAAUUCCACUAGGCGUUCAAAGAAACUAAAAGCCGUGGAAUAUGCCCGUCAGAUCAAGGAUCAUCUUAAGGCGAACCGCCUAAAUGAGGCCAUCGCCGUGCUGGAGCAACGGAUGCUGAAGGAGGAUCGCGCCAAGCCGGACAAGUACAUAUACAAUCUGCUGAUCAGCGGCUGUGCCAAGGCGGGCUACACCCGCAAGGCCUUCUUCCUGUACACCAAGAUGCGUCAACGUGGUCUUCAAGUCACCGGAGGAACCUACACUUCGCUAUUCAACGCCUGCGCCAAUGCUCCCUCCGUAAGCGAUGGCCUGGCCAAGGCCCAAAUCCUGCGGGAAAACAUGCUGGAGAAGGGCUACGAACCAAAUGUGAAGAACUACAAUGCCAUGAUCAAGGCGUAUGGAAGGUGCGGUGAUGUGGACACUGCCUACAUGCUGGCCGACGAAAUGAUGGAGCGCCAGCUGGAACUGAAUGCAGAUACAUUCAACUUUCUGCUGCAGGCGUGUGCCAGCAACUCGGAGCACGGUUUCCGGCAUGCUCUGCUCACUUGGCACAACAUGUUGCAGCGAGGAAUCAGUCCGGACUACUACAGCUUCAAUGCGAUGCUGAGAUGUGCAAGGGAUUGUGGCUUCGGUGACUUGGAUUCCAUGCGAGAGGUUCUCGAUCAAAUUGCGCCAUCAGCAGCUAGAAAGAAACCAGUUCUCCAGUUGGAGGAAGGCCAGCAAGAUGAUUUACCCAGUGUGCAAGCCAACACAACUACGUUGCCUGCCCAAAUUGAGGUGGCCACAACAGCGAGCGAGCUGGAACUGCCCAAUCUUUUGCUGCCUCAGCCGCAUCUGGGCAGUCUGGUGGCCCUGGAGGAGGUGACACGUCCACACGAGCGUUUCUUGCUACUUGGCGGUCUCACUGGCUUUCUGGAGCACAUGAAGCAGCACAACAUCACACCGGACAUCGAAACAUUUACCGCGAUGCUGGAGGUGAUACCGCCCACAAAUGCUGCCGAGAAGCAGCUGCUCACAUUCGUGCGCAAGAUUGGCCUCAAGGCAGACAUCGACUUCUUCAACAUACUGAUCAAAAAGCGUUCCAUGCGCUUCGAUUACGAGAGUGCCAAGGAAGUGCUCUUCAUGAUUCGCACGGCGGGUUUGCGGCCGGACAUUGUCACCUACGGUGUGCUCGCCCUGGGUUGUCGCACGCAGGAAGAGGCUAGGGAACUGCUGGAACAGAUGCAGGUGGCGGGCAUUAAGAUGAACAUGCCCAUACUGGGGGCCAUGCUGCGGCAGGGCUGUGCUAACAAAUCCUUCAGCUACGUCAACGAGAUCAUUCAGUUGAGUCUGGAGGAGGGCCUCAAGCCAAACGAAGCCUUCCUGCGGCACCUGCACAACUUUCACAGGGGUUGUGCGCGAGCCAUUGACGCCAGACAUCCAUCAACCAAGACGGCAGCCUUUAAGAAGGGCCACUCUAAAUUCUGUGAUAAAUACCGCCUGUACUACGAGGAGCAGGGACUGGCCGGUCUCAAGCUGGAGGACGCCAUUGCCAAGGUGAAGGAGCGCCCGUAUGAGCAGUUCAAGCUGCCGCCUGUCGACGGAAUGGAACCACUCAAGCACGAGCAGCUCAAGCACAAAACGAAACAGCGAAAGUACAUCAAGAAGAUCAAGAUACACGAGCUGCAGGAUGACCCUCCCAAGGAGUCGUUGAAGAGGAUAGAAUAAGCCAUAAAGUUUAACUCCCAAUAAAGUUUAUUAUUAUUCGUUAA